AUGGAAUAUCUACAGCGAUGCUUCCACAAAGCCACCGACUGGAAUGAAGAUAACAAGUUCAAUAACAUCACUGCGACAUCGCAAGCACUCUUGGACUUCCCAAUUCCCAAUGGCGCUAGGCUAGAAGUUCUGUCGAGGGCCACAGAACACCUGGCCCUGUCGUUAACCCUUCUGAACUACCAGUCCAUCAAUGGUUCCUUAGCAUAUAUGUAUACUUCAGUCCCGUUGAAGAAUUCCACGGGUACUAAGGAUGUUUCACUUCAGGACGCUAUUGCUGGGUUUCGCAUCAUCGAGCCCUAUCACCAGAUCACCAAGCAAAGCAGGAAGCCCAGGAACGAUAAGGCGUCAUUGGUUUACGGUAGGAUGUACUUCCCUGGGUCAGCGCUUGAAGCUAUGAUCAUAAAGAAGAUUUCAAAGCAAACACAGCUUUUGAUCAAAUGUAUAAACAAUCCACAUUUAAAGAGGAACGGCACCAUGAUCGUCUACUUGCAAAAAAACGCCCCCAGAUUCUCUCAAGAAUACAUAUACUCCACAAAUGAGGCACUCUUUGGCUUCAGAUGUCUUUAUAACUUUGGCAAUGAUCGUCCAGCAACGCCGCCGCUAAUACCAAAGUUUGACAAUUCUGUUGUUUCUGUUGGUGCAGAGUUCUGGUACGCAGCGAUGUCUAUGAGUCCAGGACUCUCAACAGCAUUACGCUACUCCACCAGAUCUACCUCCACUGGCAAACCGCUCACAAUGACCAUAUCCUGCAAUCCUAUCUUGGGACAUAUUUCAUCCACCUAUAAUGUCAAAACGUCUGUUGCAUCGACAGUAUGUUCCAAGUAUGACUUCAACUGGUAUUCAUAUGCCAGCAAUUUAUCCAUUGGUUUUGAGUUAUACAACUUCUCCAAGCCUUCUACGAUCAAAUCAAAUCACCUCCGACGCUCUGAUCCAAGUAUACAUCACGAGAAUCUAGCGCCUCUCAUUCACGAACACCAGCUUGAGAAUUCUACUAGAGAUCCGCAUCACAACAAGAUUGAUCACACAAGAAUAUUGAAUCCAAUACCUGGACAACAUUCUCGCUCUGCGGACUUGUACAGUCCACUGAGACUACGAACUGAGCAGGAUAUCAAGAAUCAGACAGUCAUGACGGCUUUUCAAAGUCUCGUUAGCGAAAGUAAUUUUUCCUCGGUCUUGAAGGCAUCAGUCAGCUUGAGUGACCGGAUGCUUAAGCUACUUUGGGUUGGUCGCUACAAGGAGUUCUUGGUGAGUUCAGGUGUGAAGAUCGGCGUCGAUCCUGUGAAGAACGUACCAGAGCUCGGCAAAUUUGGAGUGUCAUUUUCUUAUGCAUCAUAG